AUGCGUCGUCCCGGACAAUUUAAGAUGGUACUAUUAGGUGAAUCUGCUGUCGGGAAAUCUUCAUUAGCACUUCGCUUUGCUAAAGGCCAGUAUCAGGAACACGCAGAAAGUACAAUAGGUGCAGCUUUCCUUACACACACUCUUCAAAUAGACCAAGAUACAUCACUCAAGGUCGAAUUGUGGGACACAGCUGGGCAAGAACGAUAUCAUUCGCUUGCUCCAAUGUAUUAUCGUGGUGCACAAGCUGCAUUGGUCGUAUAUGAUAUUACAAAUGGAGAGUCUCUUCGGCGUGCAAAACAAUGGGUAAAAGAACUACAGCAAGUUAACGCUAACGACAUGGUGAUUGGCUUAGCUGGUAAUAAAGCCGAUUUAGCAACAGGAAACCGACGGCAGGUAGAUUCAAACGAAGUACGAGAAUAUGCCGAACAAAACGACCUAAUUUUUAUGGAAACAUCAGCUAAACGUGGAGAUAAUGUUACCGAAAUAUUUAUGAGCGUUGCUAAAGUAGUUGCUUCGAAACAACCAUCAGGCACACCAAAAACGGAUGGUGCAUUUUCAGCAGCUAAAUCAAAGCCAAAAGAAAGUAGCGGCUGUUGUGGUGGUGAUUCUAAAACAUAA